CUCUUGUGUGUGUGUUCUUCCGGUCGAGGCGCCGACACCUCAGCAGCGUGCCCCGGGAAGAAGAUCGAUCGCGGGCGCCUCCACGAGCUGCGGCAGCUAUGGCGGUGUGAGGCGCUCGCGCCGGCGCUGGAUUCGCCCCGCCAAGAAUCGAUAUUUCAAUGCCGGGGUUUGUCAUUCUCUAGCAGCUCGGCUCUUGUGUGCUUGGCAGGCCCGAAAUAUCGAAAAAGAAAGGUCGAAUCGGGCAGAAUUGGGAGCGCGGGAUCGUUGCCAAUGAGCAGCAGUCGUCUUGGAGCGGCUGGCAUGCGAUUGUAGUUCUUGAUCUUGCGGCGCCGCUCAUGGAAGAUGAGGAGGAGGACAGCUCGCAUUGACACUGCCUGGAAGUGAUUAGCUCUAGGAACAAGGACAGGUCGGCGAUCGCACCUGGCAACACCGAAGACGGGCCCCGCGCCAAAAGGAUCGCGACAGGAAAAUCCGGAUAGGGAAGAACUUAGAGGAGGAGAGUAGCUUUGAUCGGGGCUUGGAUCGGCACUGCAAGUUUAGAUCUUGUAAGUGUGUCGAGUCCCAGAUUGGAGAGGCCCAUCCCAAGGUAAAAGUUCAGCUCACUCACCGAGCGGAUGCGCUCUCAAUUGACGGGCACGACAUUAAUGUCAAAUGGUUGACGGUUGCCAGAGAACAGAAACAAUGGGUCGGGUGAAGCUGGAAAUAAAAAAGAUCGAGAACCACCAGGCACGCCAGGUGACUUACUCCAAGCGAAGGAAUGGGCUGAUGAAGAAAGCCUUCGAGCUCUCCACGCUGUGCGACACUGAUGUUGCCUUGAUCAUGUUCUCUCCGGCUGGGAAGCUGAGUAUUCAUCCCAAUGACGGGAGGAUUGAGGAGAUAAUCCUGCGCUUUAUUUCCCUUCCUGAAAAUGAAAGGACAAAAAGGCGGCUUGACUCUGAAGAAAUCAUUAACAAAAUUCGACGAUCUUAUCCAAGCGGAUCUGAGAUAACUAACGGGGAGACAAGCAACUCAAACUACGAGAGCCUGGUGGCUCACUACAGGGAUGUCUCCAAGAUUCAGUUUGAGAACGAGGCUCUGCGCACAAGAUUGCGUUUUUUCGAAGGCGACAUUGGAGGUCUCGGGAUCGAGGAGCUUUUGCAGCUCGAAGAGUGCCUGAAAUCUACACUACAGAAGAUACGCACACGCAAGCAAGAGCUGCAAAACCAUGGUAUGGGAGGCAUGAUGCAGAAUCAAGUGGUACCUUAUGGUCAACUGCAACAGAUGUAUCCUAUGAUGGCUCCUAACGGGUCGAUGGGAGAUGUUCAGAUUCCAUCCUCUUGGUCUGACAGUGCUUCGCAGUACAAUGAGCUCAGUUUCUUUCCCCAGAGAAGGGACAAUGGAGAUGCCAGCUCUCCCAGCUCCUCGAUGUCGCAAGCAUAUACAAAUCAGAUGAGAAUGAAUCAAGUCCAGCAGCUGAAGUCCCCGUUUGGGAUGCAGCAAGCCAUGAUGUCAGAGGCUAAGAUGUUCCCUCUCUACUACGAGGAGAUGGAGACACAGCCAACAAUCUACAAGGAGGAGAAGGCGGACUUGAUCCCACAGCAGCAGGAGGAGGAGCACAAAGAGUCGCUCGUGUUUGAUUCCACGGAGAUGCAACCCGUGUGGAACGCUUACAGAAACUCGGAGCAAAACCCAAGCUUCUACCCCGGCCAACAAGAGGCGAUAUCCGAUUCUAACUUCUCCAGAGGUGGAGCUGGCAAUGACUCGACCCAGAACAACAUGAUGGUUUCGUUCGACUGCAGCCAUCACGGCAUUGGCGAGACCGGUUUGGAUUCGUCUAACAUGCUCUGCGGGCAACAGGUGAUGUGCGGGAGUGGCGCUGGUGGCGCUGGUGGCGCUGGCGCUGGUGGUGGCGAAGAGGACGGUGCUGCCAACGCGUCACAGCAACAGCCACAGCAGCAGCAGCAGCAGCCGCAUGCGCAGGUGUCGGCACCACCGAUCAGCACCAGCCAGAGCUCGCUCACACUGUCAACAAGCUAUGAAAACUGACGACGAGACGGCCAACUCAAACUUGAUCUCUCACAGACAAGACAACAGAUACCAUAUCGGCGGCUAGCUAGUAGACGGUGUUGCGGGACGGGGGGAAGAAGAAAAAGACGCCAAAAGAAAAGAAAGAAAAAAAAAAGAGCUAGAGAAGAUAGUUAAGUGCAGGACGACGAAGAGGAGGACUUGGACUGGAGGACUGACGGAGGAUGAUUGAUUGGUAACGACGAUGAUCAGGGAAGCUGAAGAAGAAGGAAGCAGCAGCAAGGAUGGUGGUGGUGUUCAGGAUGGAUUCAAAUGCUCUCUCACUUGCUCGCUCGCUCGCUCGCUCUCCAGGAAAGUAGGAGGGGAAUAACUUCGGUGUAUUUAAUGGCGAGAGUGAGGACAAAGAGAGCCAAAACAAAAAGCUUGGGAGUGGGAGCCAGGGAGGCAAACGCGCCAGUCAGUCAGUCAGGCAGUGUAAAUAGCAGCAGCAGCAGCAUGGAAGAACAAUAUGUAGGUGAGGAUAAAUUUACCGUUGUUGAGCUUGAACGCACGGCCGCAAGAAGAGACUAGGCAAGGAAGGAGGAGGAAGAGGGAAAAAAAAAUGUUUGGCGAGAGAGGCAGGAGGCAGCAAGCAGCAGCAAGAAGAAUUUCAGUUUUGUUCGUCGGAUGAUAAAACAAUAAGUGUUUUCUCUCUUUU